GGAACUUAAGUUUUCUAAUUCACCAGAUUAGACUUCAUUUAUACUUUAUUUUUACAAAUUCCCUGAAAAACUAGCUGACCAUUAGUGCUAAGUCAGGCUUUUCUUUCUUUUACAGGGAAGAAAUGUUUCACUUCUAAAUGAAUUAUGGUGCCUCCCAAUUUGAGGAGUUAAAAUAUAUCACCCAAAGCAUCUAGGGCAUUAUACCUCACUAAGUACAUCUGCUGCUAUAAUUGUACUUAUGUGGUAUUCAAGGCAGGGAAAGAAAAGAAAUCAGGAAUAGUGUUGCCUUCCCCCCACAAAAAAGAAUCAAACAAGCAAACAAAAAUCUCUGCUUUAUCUACUUUGAUAUCUCUACAUCAGUCCUGUCCCUUCUUAGUGUUACCCUCCAUUUUCUGCCUUCACCCCCUUGCGGGUACUUUAGGCAGAACAAACCAGCAGGCAUUCUAGAAUGCUUGUCUCACCAAUCAGAAGUAAUGGAAUGAAAUCCAAACCCUUAACAGAGGGCACAGAACUUGGUUCCCUCGUCUUCCUCAUACUCUGUACCCAAGAAUAGCUUUCAUCUCAUAGAUGACUUUCUAAUUCCUACCAUCCCCAGACUAUUUUACAAACAUCUUUUUUAUUGUUUAAGCCUUAUAGUACUCUAGUCAGAAAAUCCCUUUUUGUCAGGCUAAUGAAGCAUUCAAAGAAGACAUAUGACUCUUUUCAAGAUGAACUUGAAGAUUAUAUUAAAGUACAGAAAGCCAGAGGCUUAGAACCGAAGACUUGUUUCAGAAAGAUGAGAGAGGACUAUUUGGAAACCUGUAGGUACAAAGAAGAGAUGGAUUCCAGACCCAGGUACAGGAUGUUUGAUCAAAGACUCCCACCUGAAACCAUCCAGACCUACCCAGGAUCAUGCAGUAUUUCACAAAGCAUGGAAAACCGGUUACCUCAGUGGUUACCAGCUCACAACAGCAGGCUGAGAAUAGACUCUCUGAACUACUGCCAGUACACCAGGGACUAUUUCUCACAAAAGCCAGUACCCCUGAACCUUAGUCAGCAAGAAUACAAUUAUGGCUCAUACAGUGUAGAGCCUGGAGGUUACAAGCACUUCUCAGGAAACAGUACCAGAGCCCAUCAAGCCGGUCAUAAACAGAUCCAUCAGAUGAGGACAAGGUGCCCUGAGGAAGGUGGAGAAAGACCAGAGGAGGGGCGGCCCAAGCAUAAGAGGAAAAGAAGUUAUGAGGAAAUGAAUGUAGACAAACAUAAGAGCAUCCCCCCAAAUAAGACAGAGAUAGAAACAGAAACUGUACAGGUCAGUCCAGCAAAAUGUAAGAACCGAAAGGAGAAAAAAAGCCGAAAUGUAGCCUCUAAGAAAGAGGAACGUAAGCGUAGAAAAGAGAAAAAGGAACAAGGCAAAGAAAAGACAGAGGAGGAAAUGCUUUGGGACCAGUCCAUCCUUGGAUUUUGAAGCUGUUCAGUUGGUCCUCCUGAGGUUAAGUUGAAAAAAAAAAAAAUAGCUGAGGAGCUUGGUUUUAUGACGUUCAUGUUUGAAUCACUUUUCUUAUGUGAACAGGUAUUUAACUUCUAACAAAACCCAAGCGAACAGGAAGGAUUUAGUACACGUGCUUUCCAACACAGAAAUGACUUUUCCUCGUUUUCUAAAAGCAUUUUCCAUUUUUCUUAACAUACAAUGUAACUUCCCUUUAUGAGAGUGGGUCUGCUGUUAUUCAUCCAAAUGCUAUGAUGGUGGAAUUAUUUUCCCUUGGGAGAUCAAUUUAUUUCAAGUUGGAGGAUUAAUAGGCUUUGCAGAAUCUAUUUCUUGAUUGGAUUUGUUUUGUUUUUGAGUUGGGUAUCUUUCUGUCCAUUGGUUUUCUCUACAAAAGCAAUUUAGGUUAUUCUUCCUUUGUUAGAUCUACCUUGCAGCGUAUUUUCUAGGUUGGAAAGUGGAAAAUAAAAUGCAUUAUAAUAAUAGUAAGUUUAGGUUACAUAUAGUAUUAAAAGUUCAAAGAGUCUUUCUAUAAAAUCGGUUUAUAUUCUGGAAAGGUUUAUAAUAAAGACUUCUAAUUUCUGCA